GACAGAGCGCGGAUUUGUAAAGCAGAGAAGGGAACCAUCAACAUCGCAAUACCUCACAAUGGGUUCAGGGCAGUCAACCGUAUCGCAAGCACCGACACCAGCCGUCGGUGCACAAGCCCCUCCCAGCAAUGCCGUGCAGCCCGCCAAACCAAAGCCAUGCUGCGUAUGCUUAGACGAGAAAGCCGAACGGGAUAAGUGCAUGCUCUUUUCCAACUCGGACGACGCCCAGAAGGAAUGCGCCGACCUCGUUCAGAAGUACAAAACGUGCAUGGCGGGCUAUGGAUUUCAAGUGAACUAGAGGCACAUUUUGGGAUUCAUUGCAAGACCUUUCGAGCAUUGUAUACUACCCAGCAUGCACCGGCGUCAACAAGGCAGGACAAGUUCCGCGUCAUAUUGGUGUAUUUCUAGAUUUAUAAUGGUUGUACAUGAAUAAAAUGCGAUAUCUAUCAG